GAGCUCCGCCCCUGCGCCGCGGCGGGGGCGCCGCUGCCCCAUGCGCUGCCCGCUCGCCGCCUGAGGGAGCCGCCGCCGCCCGCGCCCGGCCUGGCCCUGGCCCUGCCCCUGCCCCAUGGCUUCCACGGCGGCGGCGGGGCCCGGUGCCGCUCUGCCCCCGGGCGCGGCCCACCGCGACUUCUACUGGCUGCGCUCCUUUAUUGCCGGAGGUGUUGCAGGAUGUUGUGCCAAAACAACUACUGCACCACUGGAUCGAGUAAAGAUUUUGCUGCAAGCUCAUAACCACCAUUACAAACACCUAGGAGUGUUUUCUACGUUGUGUGCUGUCCCCAGAAAGGAAGGUUACCUUGGGCUGUAUAAAGGAAACGGGGCAAUGAUGAUUAGAAUCUUUCCAUAUGGCGCAAUUCAGUUUAUGGCAUUUGACCAAUAUAAAAAGGUAAUAAAGAAGCAACUUGGGAUUUCAGGGCAUGUGCAUCGAUUAAUGGCUGGAUCCAUGGCAGGUAUUACAGCAGUGAUUUGUACUUACCCUCUUGAUAUGGUUAGAGUUCGUCUGGCGUUCCAAGUAAAAGGGGAACACAAGUACAUGGGAAUUAUCCAUGCAUUCAAGAUGAUUUACACAAAGGAAGGUGGUUUUCGUGGGUUCUACAGAGGGCUGAUGCCAACUAUUGUAGGAAUGGCGCCAUAUGCAGGUUUUUCAUUUUUCACCUUUGGUACCUUAAAGAGCAUUGGACUUGCUCAAGCACCUAACUUGCUUGGACGGCCUUCAUUAGAUAAUCCUGAUGUCUUAGUUUUGAAAACACAUGUAAAUCUGCUGUGUGGUGGCAUAGCUGGAGCAAUAGCUCAGACGAUAUCAUAUCCCCUUGAUGUAACUCGUAGGCGGAUGCAGUUAGGAGCAGUUCUCCCAGACUCUGAAAAGUGCCUUACAAUGGUGCAGACACUGAAAUAUGUGUAUCAACAACAUGGAAUACGAAGAGGAUUAUACCGUGGUUUAUCUCUAAAUUACAUUCGUUGCAUUCCUUCCCAGGCUGUGGCUUUUACCACAUAUGAACUUAUGAAACAAUUCUUGCAUCUCAACUGAUUUGUAUUUUAGAAGACUUUACUGUAAAACUACAUUAUCAGUCCUUAAAUUAUAUUGGUGAGUAAAUUACUUGAAGAUUUAAAAAAAAAAAAAAAAGCUAUCUGUUGCUGUGGAACUGCUGUUGUCUGAUAUUUUUAUUUGCCAAAACGUGGUUAAUUUCCUGGAGUCAAACCAGGAGACAGAUCAAAAUAAACAUUAGUUAGCUAUAAACACUUUUAUGCACUUGAUCUUCUAGGCUUCAUUAGAUCAAUGUUAAGAAUUGCACAGUUUUAAUAUUACACCCACAUUUUAUACGGGUUUCAAGCUGUUAUUUAGCUUUAUCACCAUUCCAGGAGUUACACACAUGGUUAUAUUGCCUUUUAAGAUAGUAGUUAGACAUCUGUUCUUCUUUAAAAAUUAAAUUUAAUAAACUGAUUUGAACAAAAUGUAAUGGUUUUCAUGUUCAAAUACUUGCCAGCUCUGUAGAAGCUGAACUUAAGCAUCUUUUCAUUACUUUUUUGCACAAGUUUUCUGUAUGCAAGAACAAUGCAUCUGUUUUCAGAUUGGUACAUAUGACAGUCUCUUCAACCAUUUCAAGAAAGAAUGAUGAGUUGUAUUUAACAUUGUUAGAAAUCUUGUAAUUUGGAAGCUGGUUACUUGGCAUACGUUCUGUUCUGAAAAAUGCUGUAUCUACACAAAUAAAAGCAGGGGGAACUUUUACAGUGACAAGUGCUAGAAAAGAUCUUAAGGCAGUUAGUAUGGGCCUAAUCUUACAAGGCAUUUCUGUACCUCUUCUGUGAAGCUGAAUGUUCUCGAUUCAGUUUAUUGACAGCUGAGUAUUUUACAUACUUUACAGUACUAGCUUGUGUAAACAGGUUUGUCCCUACCUUAAAACAUGGUGACAAACAUGACUGCAUGCUGCUGCUUUUACUUAUUUAAGCAUAUGGACCAUAUUCAACCUCUUGCGCAAGAAAAGAAAAUGAAGAUUGUAUUGAAGUCAGUAGAUGUGUAUAUGUACUGUUUCUAAAGUAUGGUAUGCAAUAGACUAUUACAUGUUUUCCUCCUUCUACAAUUCCUUUUGUAGAGGGAAUUAUUUUACAGACUUGUUUAUACAUGAUUUGCAUUGGUACUUUUGAUUUUACUCACUUGAUUCAGGAAACUGUAAAGCAUUUACUUUAAGUGAUGUAAGGUAUUUAUUUAUUGUAAAUAUUUUAGCAGUGUCUUUCAAGAAUUGGUAAUGGUUAUAUUAAAUGGUGGAUGGUUUAAGAUCGAUUUGCUUCAUCUUGACAAAUUUGGCAGACUGGAUCUUGAGUUAUGUAUUCAAUACCAACUUUUGUGGCUCAAUUUUUUUUUUUUUCGCAGUUUCUUAGAAUUAUGUAUUUCUUUGAUAUUUAACAAUGGAGCUGUGGACAGAAAAUGAAAUGUAUUUGAAUUUAUUUUAUAAAAAUUUUUGAACUAA